AUGUCCGAUCCACCACCACCACAUCGCUCCCCCAUCUCUACCAUCCACAUACCAAGCGACGCAGGACCACCGAGUAGGAGAAGCGAGCCCGACCGCCAAUCGCUCUCUGAUCUCUCCCUUCACACCCUUCGACGUACGACCCUGACCAAAGCAGAACAGCAGAGAGUUCAAGAACUGAUUAAGUCGGGCGGUCAUGGGAGGAUGAUUGCGGGUGAGGGAUUACCUGGGAGGGCGAGCGAAGUGGAGGAUGAUGCAAAGUACUGGACGGCGAGGGGUACGUUGAGGAGCGUUUUACCAGGGUCGGAUGAAGGGGUCCAGGGGAGUGCGAGUGAGGAGACAAGUAGGGCGGCGAUAGAGGAGAGGGAGGUUCUCGUUCUCGUCCAUGAGCCCAAUAGCAUCACAGGACCGGACGGACGAUCAGGCCAGACACCUUCCGAAGCUGGAACCUUGCCCUCUCGCUUCUUGUACAUUUUCCACCCCCCAGACCCACCUUCGACGUCUGGGUCUGCAAACGGUUCGAGUUUUCCCCUGGGACUGCAAUGGGACGAGGUCAACCCUUGGGAGUGGAUUGAGACUGCCAAGAACGAGCUUGAAAAGGCCUUUUGGGGUGUCUUGAUGCCUGGCGUGAAGGGUUUAGUGGAUAUGGGCGAGGCUGUUGCGAGUAUACCCGCUCUGCUAUCUCCGGGCACCGAGCAAGCUCUUGAACUCCAAAGCGACAGACACUCUGCUGACGCGACGGCUGGGUCCCACAAUCCCCAUCGUUAUUCGCAAGAGACGGUUUAUACCCUGCGUAUCCCUAAGCAGAAUGCUCGCGACAGCCCGAAUUUGGGACCGACUCUGCGCCCAGUGUUGAUAAAGAAACGCUCGAGUAUACCCACUUGGGAAGAUGGACGAGAUAGUGAUCAUCGUGGGUGGGGGCGAGACCCGAUGGCCAUGGGAGCGUGGUAUUAA